ACCCAAUAUUCAAGUUUCAGCAAUCAAAUACAAGUAUUUACAAGUUCAAGUGAACGUUUUGCUUAUUCGCUCCUUUGAGGAUUCGGGAGGUUUGAGUGGUCUCUUAUCAACUAGAGAACGCGUCUAGUUGUGGCGAGCAUCGACGAUAUCGAUUGGCCUCUUCUACGGGUUCGAGAUUGUUUGGAAGGUUUCAUAUACCUUCUGGCCCUUCUCAAGAGUUCGGAUUUGUUUGAUCGAUUCCGCAAGUAUCUGUAUUUUCGAGUUCAAGAAAGGCGGCAUCAAGAAAAUCAAGAAAGUCAAGAAAAUCAAGAAAAUCAAAGAAUCAAGAAAAUUAAGAAAAGAUCGUUUUCAAGAAAAUCAAGAAAAGAUCGUUGGAGCUGCGUACUUUGGUCUUAUAAUCCGAGUUCGAGGGUUAUCUUCGGAUUUGGAUCAUAUCAAGUGGUAUCAAGAGCCCGGUUCAAACGCAGCGGAGAAGACAAAGAUUCUUGGAGUUCUUGGUAGUUCGGGAAGCAUUCUUGGAAAUCUUGAGCGUCAAGAAAGCAACUCUUGAACGCUCUUGAGAGUUUCUUGUGUGGCAAGGAAGGUAUCUUGAAGACAAAGCAUUCGUGGGGUUCUUCUUUAGCAAGAAAUCAUGGCGGAACAAGCACAAGACAUUGCAGCAACAUUACGACAAAUCAGCAUGCAAAUAAAAGCUUAUCAUCAAGGGCAAGCACAAAUAAAUGCGAGCCUUACUCGAUUGGCUGUUUCGUGGGGAAUUAGUAGGCCAACCAUAGUAAUCCAAAAAGAAGCUCAGUUGCAGGUCGGGAAUUCAAAUCCAGAGCAAGAGCAUUCUUUUGAGGCUACCAUAGAGACACAAGAGACAAGUCCAGAAGUCUUUGACAUCAAGAUUCAAGCAAUUCAACAUCAAGACGAGGAGGAGUAUAUUGAAAUCUCGCAUAUGGAAGGUCGACUUUUGGAUACUUGUUGUGAAGAGUAUGAAGAUUUCGAUGAAGUGGAGGCGAUACAAGAUAUUCUUGUUGAAGUUCCAUAUUUGAGUGCGCAAGAAGUUGACCAACACAAUGAGGAACAAGACUGUCAUGGAGAAGAUGAAGCCACGAAAGUUAUGGAGCACUUACCAAUAGUUUCCAAAGUUGCUCAUAUGGAUUUUAUGAUUGGAGAUACUAUUUCUAAAGAGGAAGCCCGACUAGAGAAUCGACGAGAAGUUCAGAGCUACAUGGAGUGUUUUCAUUGCAAUGGUGUCUCUACAAUUCGUGGACGAAUUGUUCUUAAGAAGGGGGGAAUGAUACAAUCCUCACUACCAAGACAAUUUAAUUCAAAGGUCAACAAGAGUGGUGCUGAUCGAGGAUCAAGAUUCUGUAAAGAUUCGAGGUCGAAUCUUCUUCAAGAGAGAGGGAAUGAUGUGAUAUCGACUAGCGCGAUAUUCAAUUCUCGUGGUCCCAAAAUGAAGGUUCGAAUUCAACGAUUUAAGGAUCAACUGGGAGCAUUCUUGAUGGAUAAAAUGGAGAAUGCAUUAAGGAUCCAACUUACAACAUUUCUUGGAGCCCAAAACGUCAUUCUUUUGCUGCCCAAGUCAUCCAAAUGUGAAAAGGACAUGGAAAGAGAUUGCUUAACCACUAAGGAGCUUUCUUAAGCAUUAAAAAUGUGUUUGGAGAAUACUUAGCUGCUAAGGAGCUUCCUUUGGUCAUAAAAACGAGUUAUAGUCCUUAUUUAAGUAGUAUUAUGUUUCCUAGUUAGUUUGGGAUUUGUUUUCCUAUUCCUUUUAGGCUAGAUUUAUGUUUCUAUGACCUCUAUAAAUAGAGGAUGUAAGAGCUACGAAUUUUGUACCCAAUAUUCAAGUUUCUGCAAUCAAAUACAAGUAUUUACAAGUUCAAGUGAACGUUUUGCUUAUUCGCUCCGUUGAGGAUUCGGGAGGUUUGAGUGGUCUCUUAUCAACUAGAGAACGCGUCUAGUUGUGGCGAGCAUCGACGACAUCGAUUGGCCUCUUCCACGGGUUCGAGAUUGUUUGGAAGGUUUCAUAUACCUUCUGGCCCUUCUCACGAGUUCGGAUUUGUUUGAUAGAUUCCGCAAGUAUCUGUAUUUUCGAGUUCAAGAAAUGCGGCAUCAAGAAAAUCAAGAAAGUCAAGAAAAUCAAGAAAAUAAAAGAAUCAAGAAAAUUAAGAAAAGAUCGUUUUCAAGAAAAUCAAGAAAAGAUCGUUGGAGCUGCGUACUUUGGUCUUAUAAUCCGAGUUCGAGGGUUAUCUUCGGAUUUGGAUCAUAUCAAGUGAACUCUCAAGAGCGUUCAAGAUUUGCUUUCUUGACGCUCAAGAUUUCCAAGAAUGCUUCCCGAACUACCAAGAACUCCAAGAAUCUUUGUCUUCUCCGCUGCGUUUGAACCAGGCUCUUGAUACCACUUGAUAUGAUCCAAAUCCGAAGAUAACCCUCGAACUCGGAUUAUAAGACCAAAGUACGCAGCUCCAACGAUCUUUUCUUGAUUUUCUUGAAAACGAUCUUUUCUUGAUUUUCUAGAUUCUUUGAUUUUCUUGAUUCUUUGAUUUUCUUGAUUUUCUUAACUUUCUUGAUUUUCUUGAUGCCGCCUUUCUUGAACUCGAAAAUACAGAUACUUGCGGAAUCGAUCAAACAAAUCCGAACUCGUGAGAAGGGCCAGAAGGUAUAUGAAAGCUUCCAAACAAUCUCGAACCCGUGGAAGAGGCCAAUCGAUAUCGUCGAUGCUCGCCACAACUAGACGCGUUCUCUAGUUGAUAAGAGACCACUCAAACCUCCCGAAUCCUCAAAGGAGCGAAUAAGCAAAACGUUCACUUGAACUUGUAAACACUUGUAUUUGAUUGCUGAAACUUGAAUAAUGGGAACAAAAUUCG